GACCCUCUUUCGUCACAGCCCACUCAAGACUCCCAAAGUUCUUCGACUUUCCUGGCCUGGUGCCCAAAGGAUUCGAUUUUAUUCAAACUGCAGAUUUCUUCCCCGUUCUUUCCAUUUUAUUGCUUUGUCUUCUUUGAUCAAACGUUGCCCACCUCCGCAUUACCACGAUCGCGGUUUGUAACUCACCCCAUUGUCUGUGAGGGAUUGGAAUAAGCCCUGCUACACACCAUCGGCCCAUGUCUCCAAGCGGCUCACGUAUGAUUGAUCCCAUGCGAGCCUCCACCGGAACGGUGCAGCUCAGCUCCUCUUACGAACCCCCCUCCGCUAGUCGAUCCGCAUACUCGGGCUAUCCGUCCAGCGGGCCUUAUGUGGUGACAGCGUACGACCCCCGAUAUUUUCGGGAAGGAGGAUUAGAAGCCCAGCGGAUUUCUUCCAAAACCUAUCGAGAUGCGGGCCAUUCAACCAAAUUGCGAACCGAGUAUGAAGUUCGUCCAAGACAACGGAGUAAUACUACCUCCGCGGCAGACACCCAUUUGGCUCCUGGUCGGCUUCAUGGCCCCAGAGCCCCUCCUAUCAUAACAUCUAACUACCGCCGUUCUCCUAGCCCUCUUGCUAGCCACGACCAUCAUCCGGUGCAUUCCUCUUCGCCUCGACGCCACCGGCGCCACCCUCUUUCGGUCUCUCAUAUCGAUUAUGCCAGUGAUACAGGAAGGCUGGACCCGAACGAUAGGGCGAUUAUGUCACCGAUAGUUCACAGUGGUUACAGGGAGCACGGCCCCAGUAGACGCUCGCGAUAUCCGCCUACGGGAGGUCUUCGCAAGGGGGAGGACAUUGACGAUUAUGAUGCUUAUUCCUAUACUAAUCCUCGUGAGCAGUUCGAGAAAGACUCGGCUGCGCGGCUUCGACACGAUCGGGGCACAUAUUGGAGGGAAAGGCCCCUAAGUUUGACCGGGAUUGAUGAUCCUCAGUUAGUACCAAGAGGCGGACCCCGAUCGCCAAAACCUCCACCAUCUACAAGAGGUUUCGACAGACUUGAGUGGGACUCGAGGGUACGGCGUCCGAUGCAGGGCUCUGCUGAUAGCGAUAUUGACGUCGCCAGCGCGCACCGGCGGACGGGGCGGCGGAACCCGGUUCAUCUACACCAAGAAGCGGAUGAAGGGUAUUCAUCAUACAGAAGUGAUUACGAAGAUUCUCACCGCCGCCGACAUCGGCAUCGGCGGCACGACAGCAGUCGAAGUAGUCGGCAUCCUUAUGAUAAUGGCGCGUCAAGGAGCUCUAUCGCUAAUGAGCCUGCUUCCCAAGGCACUACUACUGGGCUAGGGACGGCUGUCCUAGGAGGUGUCUAUGAUGACUAUGAAUCUCAACGAGCUGAGCGUCAUCGCUCUUAUGAUCAGGAUACGCGAGAUCGUCAUAGUCGACCACAGGGGCCGUCUAGACGCCAAGUGGACAGUGAUUCUGAUGCGUACACUUCUGACGAGGAGCUGAGGAGACACAGACGCGAGGCGUCAGCUCGCCCGAAAGCUAGCAGAUCUGAUGAUUCUGCAAGCGGCAGCGAACGCCCUCGACGGCGCCGAUCUCACUCACGCCCACGCCCACGGGAUAGCUCUACCACGAAGGAGAUGAUCCAGGCAGAGUGUCAGGAAGACAAAAGGGCAGAAUCUACAGUUUCGAAAGACAGCGAGACCCCGCCAAAAGGAAUCUUAAAGACACCUACAGACAAAUUUCCAGAGGAACCUAACCCUGUACGAGAAGGAGUAGCGCCUCUGAAGGACGCGCACAAGAAAGGCAUUCCUCCCGGAGCGCGAUGGACCAAGAUUGAUCGUCGACUGGUCAAUCCCGCGGCCCUGGAAGCUGGCCGUGAGCGCUUCGAGGAACGGUCGGACUACGUGAUAGUCUUGCGGGUGCUGAGCAAGGAGGAGAUCCAAGCGUAUGCAGUUAGGACGCAAGAGAUACGAGAUGCCCGCUACCGUGAGUAUGUACAGGAGCGACGUCGGAGGCGAGAGGAAGAUAAGCGGCGUGGUCGUGCAGUCGACGACUUCUCAAGCGACGACGAGGAAGAUGACGACGAUUCUCCUGGAGGAGUCGAGGAUAAGCCGGCAGAGCAGCAUAAGCUGGCGGAGUCUGUGAACUCAGCAGGAUAACUGACAACAUUGAUUAUAAAGUUGGCUCUCUUUCUGUCUUUUGCCACCUUCUAAUAUUUUCCUUUCUUUCUUUCUUUCCUUCUUUCUUUCUUUUUCUUUGCUUUUCUUUUUCUUUGCUUUUCUUUUCUUCUCUUUUCCCUUUCAGUUUCAUCUACGCUCAGCAAUCCGAUUGUUCGGAUCUGCACCGUAGUGUACACAUAUGAAGUCAUGUGCUCAUUUCUUGGAUGUAUAAUGGGUUGUCGACGAUUACAAUAUGAAUUUAGCGUGCAGAUGAAUUGUUGAUCAUGAUGUGGUUCAGUGUUCAUGUGGAAAGCGAAGCG